CAUAACGCAUCCUCCCAAGACCAAGAAACUGGUCUCUCUCCCUCUCUCUCUCUCUCUCCACCAAACGCAGAGUGAUAACAAUGGAGACGAGGCGACCGAUCUCAGGGGAUGUUGUGUCGGUUGUGCUGAUGUGCAUUGUCUUCGCCGGAGGAUAUGUUUUUCCGGCGGCGGAGGCGAUAUGGUUGACGGUGCCACCGGAAUCAGGCUUCAAAUGCGUUUCGGAAGAGAUUCAGACCAACGUCGUCGUCGUCGCCGAUUAUUUUUCCGUCGACCAGAGCGAGAUCGAACUUGGUCCCACCGUCAAUGUUCGGGUAACGUCUCCGUACGGGAACGAGCUCUACAACGUUAAGAACGUCACUCAUGGUCAGUUCGGGUUUACGGCGACGGAGGCAGGAACAUACAUGGCUUGUUUCACGUUGAAUGCCCUUGUGAAAAAUAAUAUACAAAUCUAUAUCCAAUCAUUGGAUUCGAAUUAA